GGCAAGAUGUUUCGGAAUUACAAGGCUGACGAUUUGUCCAAAUAUGCCGAGGUAUUGAGGCGAAGGGGCAUGGUCGAAGUCAAAUACGACGAAAUAAGUGGCUCGGCAAAUUCUCGUGUCAAACAGCGGUUAGAGAGACUGAUGGGGACCGAUGUGGUCAAACUGAACGAUAAAAAAUACAUGCUGAAACUGGAGAAGAACAUACAACAGGAAUAUGAGGCGGCCUUGAACAAGAAAGAAACUGAGCGGAUGGCUAUCGAGCAGAUGCGCAUGCGUCGUUUAGUCGUCCAGGGAUUAUCUUCUGAUGAUUACGAUGAAAUGGGAAACCCGAAAAACCGCAAAGGCAGGAGACGAAAAAAGGUGACAUAUGAUGAUCAGGGAAGCGAUAGUGAGGAUCUGAAGAAAAUUGCUGGGAAAGGGAGACAACCCGGACACCACGCCAAAUAUCAGGAUGUCAAAGGACAGAAGCCUCGAGAUCUCAGGGACAGUCCCGCUGCCGGCGAGAAUCAUAGCAAGGAGAGUUCAAAGAACGAUGCUCUAGAAGAUACUGUUCAAGAUGUCAUUGAUAGUAAGCCGGCAAGGUCACCACGGGAAAAGUAUGAGUCUCCUCUAGUGAAACAGAUGAAAGAGGAAGAGACGGUUGCUGGGCUGUAUAGAAUUGCGCAAAAGAUUGUGCUGCAAUGAGCACCCAUUUUGCCAUGAUCAGGUGAACAACACUUCGUCAUCACGUGAUUUUCAAUCAUAUUUUUGAACUUUGGCACCAGGUGUACACAUAUUUGUAAGAAAAUACUUUUUUCUACUUCCCGAAUAAUACCUGUAUGGCUUUUAUGUAUGUAAAUACUUCAUCAAUGAAAUAAAAGCAAAA